CUAACAACCUUUUCCCUUCUGUUCUCAGACUCUCGUCUCUAAUUCUUUGCCAUUUUGAAAGGGGUUUUAAUGACCAGAUAUUCACUAUUGGAUGAUGGACAUGACCCAAGCUUCCUUAGACCGGCAAUUCUCAUCCCGGGAAACUCCUCGAUAUCCAACGACAUUCCGAGUCUGGCAACGUCGCACCAAAACGGGAUGCCUCACCUGUCGUUCAAGAAAGAAGAAAUGCGAUGAGACCAAGCCGUGGUGUAGUGCCUGUCGACGUAAUGGGAUAAUAUGUAUCUGGCUUCAAGAUAAACAACCCGACACCCUUCAGACUCGUCCCAGAAAUGAAGCUCUCACCCUUCCAAACGACAACAAUCGGAUCUUCUACAACAAAGCAUGCAACCUUACAAACCUAUCCUCACUCCUGCUACAACAUUACACCUAUGAAACAGCUGUGAUACUACCAGCGGGAAAGCCCUCUCUAAACCCAUUUAUCUCUUUUGUUCUUCCUCCAGCCGAGACCGAUGACGUGCUUAUGCACUCGGUCCUGGCCGUCAGCGGUGCACAUUUGUCCUUCAGAUUACAAGUCGCGGUUGAUGUGGAGAUGGCUGCACGGAAGCACUAUGUCUUUGCUAUACGUGGCGUUCAACAAGUCAUUACCAGUGACCAAGUCAAGGAUAAGUCUGACAUUCUUCGUCUACUGUUGGUCACCUCUUUCCUGUCACAAUACGAGAUUCUAAUGAACACACCAAAGACUGCCUUGCACCAUCAUCUAAAGGCUAUUCACCAUCUCUUUCUGCACCUCCUUCGUCUGGGGUAUCGACCUCCGCUCGAGUUACAAGAAUUCGACAUGAUAUUGAGCUUCACAUAUGAAGGAUUUAUAUUUCUUGCCUCCUGUAACACUACUCAGUCGAUCGAUACCAACGACCUAUUACCUGAAUCAAUCACUGAUCACCUUCGUCCAUUAACAACGUCACCUUGUUUCGGGUCCAUGCUGGCGGAUUCUCAUUCUCUAUUCGAGAUGAUACCACUUAUACAAAAGCUAUAUCUCUCACGUUUGACGUUUGAGUCAUUGGGCUUACCGACCUUGUCGCUUGAACUUUGGGCAACCUACGAGACACUGCAUGAUCUAAUCGAGUCUUGGACGUCACCAGAAGCAAGCGCAGAGCGGAUAAUGGCCGGUGAGGUCGUACGCAAUGCUUUGGCAGUGUUUCUAGAAUGCGCUCUGAAAUGCUAUGAACAAUUAGAUCACGAGAGUAUUGAGACAAAGGCCAAGGUUGUGAUCGACACAGCUGUCCAACUUGGAAACUCCUCUUAUGCAACCCAUAUAGUUUGGGCCCUGGCUGUCGCCGGAUCUUCCGUAGUUGACGACAUCUAUCGCAGAAAGCUUGGGGAAUUUCUCAGCAGGUCGCGUUACAAGAUGCGGCACUUGGAGGUCGUGCAGCGAAGCCUAGACUUGUUUUGGGCUGAACUAAACCCAAAAAUGUUCGGACCAUUUGAAUUCCAUGGAUUGAUGGAGAAGCAGGGAAUAUCCCUAUCUAUUAUGUAGUUGCGAAAUUGAGGAACCAGUUAAUUGCC